AUGCUCUUUCCCUGUCCGAUGCAGCUAGACUUAGCUGCGCCAGGCCUGAUGACAAUCCCCCGGAGCCCCACUUCUAGUGAGGAUGAGAUGGCCCAGAGCUUUUCUGAUUAUUCUGAUGACUGCGCCUCUGAAAGCUCCCAUGAAGAAACCAUUUAUGAAACUAUUAGGGCCAGCGCUGAGCCUUCACCACACCACAUAGACGACAUUCACAUAAACUCACAGGUGAUCCGCAUUAUCAUCCCUGACCUGCAGCAGACGAAAUGUAUGCGUUUCAACCCCAACGCCACAGUCUGGGUUGCCAAGCAGCGGAUCCUGUGCACACUCAAUCAGAGCCUGAAGGAUGUGCUCAACUAUGGCGUUUUCCAGCCUGCCAAUGGUGGAAGAGAUGGCAAGUUUCUGGAUGAAGAACAUUACCUCAGAGAGUACCCUCAGCCAAUCAGUAAAGGUGUUCCGUGUUUGGAGUUUCGCUACAAGAGCCGAGUUUACAGGCAGCCCAAUUUGGAUGAGAAACAAAUUGCCAAACUUCAUACAAAGGCCAAUCUGAAGAAGUUCAUGGACCUUAUACUCCACAAUCAGGUGGACAAAGUGUCAAAGAUGUUAGAGAGAGGCCUCGAUCCCAACUACCAUGACAGUGACACUGGUGAGAGCCCCUUGACCAUGACAGCACAUCUGGAUAAUGUGGUGGAGAUGAUCAAGGUUCUUAAGAAUGGAGGCGCUCACUUGGACUUCAGAGCCAAAGAUGGCAUGACAGCCCUCCAUAAAGCAGCACGUUCCAAGAACCAGGUUACGCUCACGACACUGUUGGAGCUGGGGGCAUCUCCAGACUACAAGGACAGUCGUGGUCUGACUCCUCUGUACCACAGCACAGUUGUGGGGGGAGACCCAGGUUGCGGUGAACUUCUUUUGAACCAUCACGCCUCUGUUUGCUGCCAGGAUGAAAAUGGCUGGCAUGAAAUUCACCAGGCUUGCCGGCAUGGACAUGUGCAACAUCUGGAGCAUCUUCUGUUCUAUGGAGCAGACAUGAGUGCUCAGAAUGCCACAGGAAACACUGCCCUACACAUCUGUGCUCUAUAUAACCAGGAUAAUUGUGUCAAGGUGCUGCUUGUUCGUGGAGCUGAUAAAGAAGUUAAGAACUACAACAGCCAGAGUCCCUUUCAGGUUGCGAUUAUUGCAGGGAACUUUGAUCUUGCGGAAAUUAUCAAGAACCACAAAGAGACUGAUAUAGUGCCUUUUCGUGAGGCUCCUGCAUACUCCAAACGACGGCAAGGUCCAUCAUCUGGCAACAGCAGUGGAAACAGCCAAUCCCCCGCAUCGUUAUCAGCUCCGAGGGUCCUGCUGCGCUCCAACAGUGACAACAAUUUGACGGUCAGUCAGUACCAGCAGCAAGGUUCACCCAGGCACCGGGGACAACAUCAUCCUCAGCAGCACCCAAACAAGGCCCCCCAGCAGGGUCACUCGCAGCCUGGCUCCUCAGCUUUACAUCGCAGCCUGUCACCUCAGCUGCUUCAGCAGAUGCCCAGCGGCAGCCCCAAUGGCAAUGUGGUGGUUCGGACCAUGGGAAGGGGGUCGAGGAGCCGGUCACCCUCCCUCAGCCGGCUGGGAGAUGAUGUCCGACGGGCUAUACCCUCACAGCGCCAACCAAGUCCCAGCAGUCAUGGAGAAGCCCAAGGCACGAGGAGGAAGCUGUACAGUGCGGUCCCGGGGAGACACUUUGUGGUGGUUCGUCCUUACACUGCCCAGGCCGAAGGAGAGAUCUACCUCUAUAAGAAUGAUAGAGUCAAAGUUCUCAGCAUCGGAGAAGGUGGCUACUGGGAAGGCAGCGCCCGUGGCCAGGUGGGCUGGUUCCCAGCCGAUUGUGUAGAGGAGAUCCUGGCCAAGGCCACUGAGGAGAGGAGCUAUUCCCGAGUGGACCGUGCUGACAGACGGAAACUGUUUAGACACUACACUGUGGGAUCUUACGACAGCUUUGAUGCCUCCAGUGACUGCGUGGUGGACGAGAAGACAGUGGUACUCCAGAAGAAGGAAAAUGAAGGAUUCGGCUUCGUCCUACGAGGAGCCAAAGCGGACACACCCAUUGAGGAGUUUACACCCACUCCAGCCUUCCCUGCUCUGCAGUAUCUGGAGUCAGUGGAUGAGGGGGGCGUGGCAUGGCAGGCAGGGCUUCGGACGGGGGACUUCCUCAUCGAGGUGAAUCAGGAGAAUGUGGUGAAGGUGGGCCACAGACAGGUGGUCAACAUGAUCCGCCAGGGUGGGAACCGCCUUUUGAUCAAGGUGGUGACAGUGAGCCGGAAUCUGGACCCCGAGGACACAGCACGUAAAAAAGCUCCUCCUCCACCAAAGAGAGCUCCCACUACUGCCCUGUCCAUGCGCUCCAAGUCAAUGACGUCUGAAUUAGAGGAACUUGAUAAAGUUGAAGAGAUGACGCAUGCCCAAAAGACAUCACCAAUUGAUAUGAAGAUCGCAACAAUCAAGCCACGGCCAUCCAGUCGUUGCUUGAUUACACCCACUGAACAAAAUUCCAUGUACCAUGACCGCCAGGGAGUAGCAGUGGUCCCACCCACUGUGCCAGGGGCCUUUCUGGGGUUACCAGAGAAGGGCGUGCUUAGGAAGCAAAAGUCCAUAGGUACAACAGAGGAGGAAAAACAGGGUUUCCUUACACCACCUCUUCUUAAGUUCUCCCGUAGCCUCUCCAUGCCAGAUACUUCAGAGGAUAUCCCUCCUCCUCCAGCCAUUUCUCCCCCCUCACCACCUGCCUACAACUCCCCUGCUGUCUCAACACCCAAGAGUUACGGUACCACAAGACCCAGCUUCACCCAGAACUCACCUAACGCAGUGACAAGUAUUAGUAGAACCUCAGAUAUUGGUACAUUGAGGAGAGGUUAUCACAGACAGAGUUCAGAGCAUUUUGAGAGCCCGCGCACUCGAGGGCGUACACCAGUGCCCGAAAACCCUUACUCUGAGGUAGGCAAUAAAAAUUUGUAUGUGCCAGCAAAACCAGCCCGAAGAAAGGGCAUGCUAGUAAAACAGUCAAAUGUUGAGGACAGUCCAGAAAAAAUAUGUCAUAUGCCAGCAAGCCCAUCGGGCCCAGUUUCCAUGCCUACUACACCUGUUGAGCGAACAUGCUCUUCCAUCCCCAUUCCGACCAUCAUUGUCAAGGAACCAUCCACCAGCAGCAGUGGCAAGAGCAGCCAGGGUAGCAGUAUGGAAAUUGAGCCCACCACUCCAGAGCACCCAUCUCUAAUGCCAGCUGUUGGUGGAAGUGGUGGUUUGCGUCCUGAAGACCCAAUGUCUCUAGGCAACCCAUUUGCGGCAGCUAUCGCUGGGGCGGUACGAGACCGUGAGAAAAGACUUGAGGCAAGAAAGAACUCUAUUUCCUUCCAGUCAGUAGAUAUGGGGGAUGAUGAUUUAAUUGGCCCUACACCAACACCUCGGCUUCGGCAGUCAAAAUCCAUUGAUGAAGGCAUGUUUGGUAGUGACGAGCGACUUAAGAGGAUGAUGGCUCCAGCAGUGCACCUUGGACCUCCUGUCGGGGGAGGCAGUGGAAACAUGACCGAUUUCAACACUCCAGAGCCCACAGUUGUUCGGGAGCCUCUAAACACUAAAACAGGACAAUGUCCUAACUUGGACAGCCCCGUUAGUCUCCCAGCCACACCACCAAAGAGCCACUACAAGGCCAAUGGAACCUACCUUCAUCCUGUCACUGGUAAACCUCUUGACCCUAAUUCUCCUCUUGCUUUGGCCCUCGCAGCUCGUGACCGAGCAAUGAAGGAGCAACAAAAUCAUCAGCAAAAUCUUCCUCAGGUUCCGCAAACUCCCAAACAUGAAGCCCAUUCCCUCCCCCUGCAGCCAAGCCACAAACCAGAUCUUAAUCAGCCACUCUUUAUUGAUACCAAGUUGCGGUCUGGGAUCGAGACGAGUUUUGCUGCAAUCUCCUCGGCAACCAUGGGUCGUCCAGGUCGAGGCGGCUUGCGGAGGCAAAUGACUGAGCAGAAAUACGAGUCUGACGCAGCCCGGGAAGAGCAACAACAUCAGGCAGUUGAAGAGAGGAAAAGUGCACCAGCAGAUGUGGCUGACACUCCUAAAUCAGCUGGGCUCUUAAUGGUUCACACCAGCACAGAGGCAAGCAACAAGUUAAAUUGUCAAGAGUUGGAAGGGCAGGAUAGCAACAGGCCAUCUGAGCUUAAAGACCCCAAUCAACCUGAUCCUCGCAGUGGCCCAUCAUUGUCUAUUAAUCCUCAGUCCUCCUCAACACGAAGACGCAGCAUUCCUCUAGGGGAAUCCUUAGAUGAACCAGUGAAGCUACCCUUCCGGAUACCCCCUCCUCCUCUGGCGUCAGUUGACAUUGAUGAGGAUUUUGACUUUGUAGAGCCACUCCCACCUCCCCUAGAGUUUGCAAACAGCAUUGACAUCCCUGAUGACCAGGCGAGUGCCAUUGCACAAAUGCUUCAACAACAGAGAAGGAAUGGGGGGCCUCUGCUCCCCCCAUAUAAUGUCCAUGCCCCUCCACUUGUUACUGAUCAACACAAACGAGUGACAAACAGUAUUCCCCCUUCGUAUCCUCCUCCCCCACCAGACCCAGAAGCAGGGAUCAGGGACUCUGGAAUUGAAGAGGUAGACAGCCGCAGCAGCGGAGAUCCUCAGCACAUGGAGACCACCAGCACCGUGUCAAGCAUCUCCACCCUUUCGUCAGAGGGAGGCUUCUGUGACACCACCCUGGAGAGCCUUUAUGCUACUGCAGAUGGGCAUUCCUUCCUGGUGGAUAGACCCCCGGUACCUCCCAAACCCAAAGGAAAAUCAGUCAUCAACAGAACUUCACUUUACCAUGACGCCCUAAUUGAAGAACCACCAGAAUCUUAUGGGUCCCCACCUCAGGCUCUUCCUGCUCGAACUUCAUCCUCUGAACCUCCGAGGACGCCCACUCAAAGGACAUCAAAGCUGUGGGGUGAUCAACCCCCUGAGCUUCAUAGCCCCCCAUCUACACCAGACACCAAGAACACAGUUAUCACAGAGUUGAGCUCCAUUCUGCAACACAUGAAUCGUGAUAGGCCACCCAAGUCAGGAGAAAGCCUAGACUCCCCCACAGGAAACCAAGAGGCCUUUGGAACAAGGCCCCCUUCAGACGACUCAGGAAUGCGUAACAACGCUGCUGCUGCUGCCGCCCUCACCUCCACGCCUCCGAGCAGCCUCCCUUCUCAGACACACCCCUGCAGUCCUUCAGACUCUGCCUCCUCCCUCACCCCGUGCUCUUCACUCCCGCCUUCAGUGUCGCCCACCCUCACAGAUGUCUUCGGUCUGCCCACCCCGCCCAUGGGUAGCGGCGGAGGCUACAGUCUGAGCUCGUCGUGCGGCGGGAGCUCGCGUUCGCCGUCGCCGCUGACGCUCAUGCAGGCGGUGGCAGCGUCAGGCAAACCCUUCGUCUCCAAGCCUGUGGAGCUUUGGAGCAAGUACGACGUGGCCGACUGGCUGGAGAGCCUCCACCUGGGAGAGCACAGAAACGCUUUCCUGGAUAAUGAAAUCGAAGGUGCCCAUCUGCCCUCCUUGCAGAAAGAGGACCUGAUAGACUUGGGCGUCACAAGGGUGGGUCACCGCAUGAACAUCGAGAGGGCCCUCAAGCUGCUGCAGGACAGAUAAGCCCAGAGGACAGAGGAGAGCGGGUCGCAGUUGACGGAGGUCCCACUUUGACCGAUCUCUUCAUGGGACGUCCAAUCCAGCCAUGGAAGCGUUGAUACUGCCUCUUGCCUUUUUUUGUCUUCUUUCAUUCUCACCUGAGCACUCCAGUCCAGUCAGCCUCCCUCCUGCAGCCCCUGGUAUCAGGGGAUCGUGGGACGUGGAGAGGAGAGGACAGUGCUGGGUGACAUCAAGGGGAACAAGAGAGAGGCUAGGAUGAGGGACUAUCUCUGGAGCAGUGGGUCCUCAAACUGUAGAAGUCGUUUAUUUCACAUGAACACUUGCGCUCAUCCAACUGCAGCUUUGGAAUACUACAGACCUUUUCCAUGUGCCCCACGUGUGGGUGGGUGCAUGAAAACCAGCUGAGCUGGUCUUUUUCUUUCCUUUAUGAUCUUUUUCUAUCUUUGCUAGAGAAUAUUAUGAGACUAUUUCUUCACUAGAGUCCUACCAGAGUUAUAUUUCUGGGUGCGUUUAAGGUUGUAGAGAAAAACGUUUGGUUUUCACCUGUUUUUGUCGAGUAAUUAACAAAAUUUUGGAUUCACCGUAUUUAUUCUAAUUAUCGCCCAUAUUCUAAUAAUCGCCCAGUGUGUGUUAGCGAUGACAUAAAUAAAAAACAUUUAUACCUCUAAUUAUCACCCAUGCUGCUAAAAUUGCUGCAAUUGGCCAUUGCGCGCGGCCGUUCCGAUCGGCCAUUGCACGCAAUCGUUCUGAUCGACCUUUGCGCGCGGUCGUUGCGCGCCGCCGUUCCGAUCGGCCAUUGCGCUCGGUCAUUGCGCACUGUUGGAGCGUCGCUGUCGGAAUGUCGCCCUCCGGCCUAAGCUCAAAAGUAAAUGAAUGUGAAUUUGCACUUUGUGCAAUUUCAACCGAGAGGAAGUGUGCUGCUUUGGAGCGGCCAUUGCGAGUGGCCGUUCCGAUCGGCCAUUGCGCGCAGUCGUUGCGCGUUUGAAGUAUGCUGCGUUCCUUAAGAACACCAGUGAGAUGCAGGUAUUGCAUACUACAUAAGGAAAAUAUACAUAUUAUCGCCCAUUUCAGUGGCCCUUGGCGAUCGG